UUCCUCCGCCUGUACCCCGCCUUUGCCCCGCCUGCUCCCGGUGCCUCCCGUGCCUCCCGCCGGGCGCGGCCGGGGCCCUGCUCGUUCCCAGGACCUUGCCCCAGGCGGCCCGGCGGGCAUGGAGCGGCUGCGGGUGGAUGCGCAGGCCCUGGAGGAGUACGCGGAGUACCGGCGAAUUGUAGGUGAUGACGAUGGAGGAAAGCUCUUUACUCCUGAUGAAUAUGAGGAGUACAAAAGAAAAGUAUUACCAACUCGGCUACAGAACAGGUUGUAUGUGAGCUGGAGAUCACCAACUGGCAUGGACUGUAAGCUUGUGGGACCAGAGACACUGUGCUUUUGCACCCAUCGGUAUAAACAACACAAAACAGACUACGAGGUGCUUCCCAAGGAGCGCCCUCUCAGCGUGCCUUGCAGAGUGAAGCGCUGCCCGUGCCAGUCCUUCCAGUUCGUGCCCCUGAGCGGCAGCCAGCCCGUCCGCUGCCGCUGCAAGCACGCCCCUGAGCAGCACAGCGCAGCGCCGGGCUUCCCCUGCACCUCCUGUUCCAAGUGUUCAGGCUUUCAUAGCUGCUUUACCUGUGCAUGUGGUCAGCCAGCAUACGCUCAUGAAACAGUUGUGGAAACCAAAGAGGAGCGCUUAGCCCAAGGAAAGCCCGUGGGGCAGGAUGUUCCUUACGCUGCCAUGGGAGGACUGACUGGUUUUAGCUCACUAGCAGAAGGCUACAUGAGGCUUGAUGACAGUGGAAUAGGUGCUCCUUCUGCUGAACUUUUAGAAGCCCCCAUUACUAGCAUGGAUCAUCCAUUUCUAAAGGCAUUUCAGGGACCUUCGAGUUCCGCUCAAUCCAUGCCACAAAUAGCAGGUAGUUCAAGUGCCACAGGGCAAGUUUCUCACGGAAAACAAUCAGAAGCUGAUGACAUGGCUUACUUUGAAAAACGCUAUCAAGAACGGGCAAGUUCCUACAUUCAUUGCUUAAUUAAAAUACACUUUCACAAGAGGUCAUCUAAACCCCAUAAAUCUGAAAAUGGAGAAGGCUGCUAAACGGAAAGAGAGGAGUCCAGCGCCAUCAAAGAAGCCAUGAGAUUAAUAAAUAAAUAUUUAUUAUUUGGCACAUUGUUCAUUAUUGCAUUGAGUAUUUUUCUCUGUGCCUACCCGCAUACCUGUAUUUAUUCAUUUAUUUAUUCUGUUGUUUUGUUCCUUUGCUGAAUUUAAUUUUUAAUUACCUCAUUGUAAUAAAAUUGGUUCUUUAAUCAAUGUGUUUCUAAUCUCCAGGAGUGUAACACAGGUAUUUCUUUGAAAAUGGAGAAGCAUAUUUAGAGAGUUGCAGGUCUGAGGGUUUAAGCUCUGUGAGUUUAAGGUCUGAGAGAAUAACCUUGUAUUUAAGUAUUAGGUUGCAGGAGGGGAAAGAAAAGAUAUGUCUCAUACUUAGACUUUUAUGAUACAUCUUCUUUAUUUGUAGAGUCCUUUAAACUCAUCUUGGUUAUGGAUUUUAUGUGGUGAGAUUUGUUCUGUUAAUAUUGACAUUUUAAUAUUGUCUUGAAAUCCUUUUGCCCUUUCUGCUUGUUUCAUCUUCUUGACAUAAAAUUCAAACAUACCCAUCUUCUCUCACACUUCUGUAGGUUCUGUUCUUGGCAUCAUAUAAAAUUUUAAAAAUAAUGUAACAUUCUGUACACUUGUAAAACCAUUUCCAUGCUUAUGAGCUACUUGAAGGGAUCUUGCUUGUAUAUUUUUUUCCCAGAUUUCCCUGGUGGUACAAUUCUCCCAAUUCUGUUUGUCUGUCACUGUCCAUAACAAUAAUUACACUAAAAUUCUGAACACCUUUAGUGGAAAUGGACAUGUUAUUUAUAGCAUGUAAAGCAAUAAUUGCAUGCUGUUUGGUACAAACUUAUUUAUCCAAGAGAUUCAUCAUGGCUGAUCCAACACAGACGGAAUCACUUCAGGGAGAUGUGCUUCUGUAUUCUUUGUCCAUAUUCACAGCUGUGGCAACAUAUGUUGCAUUAAAGGUAGUGGACAGGAAAAUACAAAAUUUAGUGAAUAUGUGGUGGUUUAAUUCUGCAAAGCAGCACAGCACAAACUUGGUACAGAAUAAGUGGCAGAGAGUGCGGCUUAGGAGGCAAAAGCAGAGCCUGAGUUAACUGAUUCUGCUUUGAGAACAGAGAGAUGUUAAGUCAGUUUGCUCUUAAAAAUACCUGGAGGUGUCUCUUGGACUGGAGGCUUUACGGGAGGUGUGUGUACUGAGACUUUACAGCAAGAAUUGGGAGAAGCCUACAAAGCUUUGUUUCCCAUUGGAGAGAAUGCCUCCAUGUGCCUGAUGGGCAAAGGAAAAGAGGUGAGUUUGAAGGCAUUUACUGCAGGGCAGCUUGGGUUUUGUUCAGAUAUCACCUGUGGUGUGAAGGUUCAGUUUUAAGAGAGCCUUUUACCUUUAACUCUGACCUAUACUGCCAUUACUACAGAUGCCAAUCAGAGGGGCUACUCUGUUAGUUUAAUUUAAAUGCAUAAUGCAAAGAGUCUAAAUAAUGUCUUAAAAGUACCUUUACUGGUAAAUUCUACAGUGACAUGCUUCUUCAGCCUAAUAAAUGAAAGUACUAAUUUGAGCUCCCUCUUCUGGCCCUGGCAAGCAAUCCAUUCUACACAUCCUCUGCUUGCUUCUGAAAAUAAAAGGGGUUUUCACAAUAUAAUCACAAGAAACCAACAAAUACAAAUAACAUUCAUAAAGAAAAGUAAAAAAAACACAGAAAAAUUUUCCAUUUUUCAAAGACAUUAUUACAAACUUAAUAGUGGACAUUUACUCUAGUUUCCUACUUAUUCCUGUUACUACAUCCAUUGGGGAAUUCAGUUCUGGAAAUGUCUGUGUGUGUGUUGCAGAAUUGAGCUUUCUCAUAGCAAAAUAUUGUUAAAAAGAGAGGUUACAAAUAGUUACAAAAACUUUCAUUUUGCGUUCCUUUUGAUACUGAGAGCAUACAUUUUAGGAAAUAACUUAUUAUUUUACAUUUUGAGUUGACAAUAUUUGUUGUAAAAAUUAGCUCUGCCAAAUUCAGUCCUACUAAACUGUA